ACUCGAUUGUACACCAAACCAUCUGUCGAGGACAUCGUGUUUACACAAGUAACGAACGCACGGUCAUGCAUAUCAACAUUUCGCACUGCAUGUGCGCCCGCGACUAGUCCGUUACGGUGUGCGAGUACGCGUGUAGGAGUACAUAUAUAUACUUAUAGACAGUGUUCUAUGCUACACAGGUGUUGUGUUAGAGAGUGGUGAUAAAUAUUUUCCGGAAAAUAUCUUUUCUUCAUCAUCGAGUGCUUGUAAAUGCCCAUUUUGACAGACACAGGGCAGUGAAGCGUGUGAUUUUGUGACAGCAUACCUUCCAACAAACGCAGGUGUCUGAUUCAUUUGAGGGCGGACUGCUGUGCUGACAAGACACACUCGCGAGGAGGACUGGCUAUAUGUCGGAUGUUUGGGGAAGAUUGGUCCGGAUAAAAACGGGCAAUUGUAUAGAUUGGUGUAAAUACCACACGGGAAACAAAGAUCUCUCUAAUUCUGGAAGUCGGGAUCAUUUAGCGCCACAAAACGACAUGACGUGAAUCGUCACCAAAUGGAUGGAAAGUAGAUUUAGACAUACAUGUGCUUUAUUCGUGUUUUACAUGUGAAAUCUUCUUUUAUCCGACGGAUAUCCUGUAUGUGAUCUUGUGACCCCCCUAACAUAAAUCUCGUAUGAAUUUAGCACAGCAAGAAUUAAUUUAGAUAUCGAAAACUCAAAACAAAGGUGAAGGUCAUUUGGUUCUCCAAAUGAGGAAGACGGGACUAGCCAUGUCUCGUGCAGUGACCUUGACCUUGUGCGUUUUGGCGGGAGUGUGCACUCUGUUACAGUUGAUUAGUUUUGCAAGUCAGGGAUGGGCCAUUUGGACGGACAAAAUCACCAACAGGAAAGUUUACAUAGGUUUGUGGUACAGUGUAGUUUGUGACGCCCCGUCUGGGUACUGUGCAAGUAUUUCACACCAUGAAGAGCACCUGAAAAAUGUCGAAAACGGCGAAUUAUUGAAAGAGUCACAGUAUGCGCUUCGGGUUUGGGGUCAAGUCGUUGUGACCUUUGCCGUACUUUUCUGCAUCAUCGGCUGCGCCUGCGUGACCUUGAGCUGUCGUCUGCCCCGACACAAAAAGCGUUUUAAUCUCGGUUCCGCCAUCGCACUGAUGUCUUCGGGCUUCCUGAUCCUCUCAGUAAUCGGUAACUGGACAGCCGACCUCAGUACGCAUGCGCGUAUCCGUCUCGGCAAUUCUCGGAACAUAUACCUAUUUCCUUGGUCUCUCCUCGUGGGGGGUCUUGGAGGAAUUCUUGCCCUGGCGGUCGGUGCCACCAAACUGCUGUUGCUAUGUGCCGAACUUCAACCAGGGGAUGACUGUGAAUGUGACGACACAUACUUCCCUAUGACGCAGCAGAACUCUGUCCCCGCCCCCGGGGUUCCAUUGGACGAAGGGGUGCCGCAGGACUCGUUCCAAAAGAGUGGAGAAUUCACUUCGUCUGACAACUACAAGGCGGAAUACCCGUCUUUAGAUAUGGGCAAAUCACAACUCAUCACAAAUGGCGACCAGCAAAGUAUCCAAAACGAAUGCAGCGUCAAACGUAUGCUCUAAGCAUAACUUGCUCAUGUGUCAAAACUCUUGCUAGUCUGAUCAGUGCCGUGUGCAAGUGUGCAGAUGAUGUGUGUAAAAAUAUCAACAAUUAUCUGCGUAUAUGUCGAAGUGUAUGCAUGCAACAUGUGAAAAUGAUAAGUGACAUUCAAAUGAGGACCAUGUCACGACAAUACGCGCUUGUGCCGUGUGCACGUGUUUUAACGUGGCGUGUGCAAACAUACGAAGGACCGGAAAGUCAUGCGGAAGUGACGUAGAAGUUUGAUUCCAAGAAUUCCUCAGUGCUGACAAACUGAUGUAUUGAUACGCUGCUGAAUAAGAAUGAGAAAAGCUGAAAAGCGGGUAUUUCAUGAGCUGGUUGUGAAUAGAAUAUUUUGUGACGAAUUAAUUGCUGAUCGUGUUCAAUCAUCAAAAUAGUUCCAUUCAUCUUGAAUAUGUGAAAUGAUCGUGUUUGAUCUAUAGAGAUUUUAAGGGUUAUCUUUGAGAGAGUGAGAAUUUAUUUUUAUGCUAAGCUUGUUAAAAUGAUGACGUGAUCGUUUUAAAAUUUUACAAACGUGAUUGUGAAGUGGUAUGAAGCAUACACGUGCUAUCCUUUUUAUUAUAUAUACAUAUAUAUAUAUAUAUAAAUCAUAUCAUAGUGCUUUUGACGCAUACAUGACAAAUUAACGUUUUCAUGACCGAUGUCAUUUUUCAUUUUCAAAAAUACGGUGCGUUAUUGUCGGCCAUAUCAUUAAAUCGCGCUUUGCUAAUGUUCCAUUGUGAUGCAGAAAUGUACAGGUGAUAUUAUUUGAUAUAGCACAGACGCUUUUCAUUGUGAUUUUUUGUUUGAUUAUUCAAUUUAUUUCAAACUACUUAAGAGGAAGUUUCAAACGUAUUGACUUCACAGCAUAGACUCGCUGGGGUUUUUUCCCCGCGCUAGAUUUUGUGAAGUGCAAAAUUAUCUCAGAAGUACAGUGAACUCUAGUAAAGUGCAUACGUUUUAAAAAAUACUAUAAUUUGUCUACGAAUCUAGAUCCGUACAACGCUUGUUUUUCUUGUCAUGUUGCCAUGGAAACUAUUUUUUCAAGUCGUUGAUCACUUGUUUAAAUUAUCUCGAGAUAUUUAUUAACAACAAGAAGACAAUUGAUUUAAAAUGGUUUGGUUCUCAUUCUUUUUCCCUAAACGGUAUUAUUGAAUUUUUCAUUUAAAAAAAGAAUCCAUUUUUCAGGAUUUGUGACAAUAGAUGAUACCUCAUUCAAUCCGUAACGAUGAUGUACAUCCGAAAUCGAAGCAACAGCAUUAUAGUUUAAUUAAGCACGUUUUUGUGUGUAAAAGUGGUUGCUUUCGACAGAAUUUUAUUUUGUUUUUUUUAAAACUGUUGAUUUUUUUUACAAUAUGCAUUGUUUCAGAAACCAUUGUUAGUCAUGAAUAUCGUUUUGAGUCUAAAAUUAAAAAGGAUUGUCGGAGAUUAAUAAAAAUAUAUAUUAAUUGAAAUUGAUACUGAAAACUCUGAAUUAUGAAAAGUGUUCCUGAAAAUCAUAUGAUCAAAUGGAAACUGGGAAAUAUUCCAAUAAAAAAAAUAUAUUUUCCCCAUAUUUUUUUUUUUUACGUUAAGCACACCAGGCUUACUGAUCACGCUGUCAACUUUCAAUCGGUUGUAGCAAAUUAAGGAAUUGUUUUUACCAGAAUAGAUUAUAGAGACACCAAUGAGAAACUGACUUUACACUCGAUCACCAAGACAAUUAAAAUACAUUGUUCUUUGUUGUUUAAUAAUUAAAUAUAAUGUUUUAUUGAUAUUUUGGGUUAUUGAUCAAUGUUCGAAAGUUGUUACAAAACAUUUUCCGAGAUAUUUUCCUAAUAUGUUUCUGUGUCACAGUGUUGUAAAGGACUGGAGAUUUUCUCAUUUUCAUCAUCCAUUUUAUAAAGGGUGCUCAAUUUCGCUAUCCUAUGAACUACCUACCAUCAUUGUGACAGUGUCUAACACCAUGAAUCAUAUUUCCCAUCUAUUUUCUAAUGGAAUAUUUCAAAUAACGUUUGUGUACCAAUUUUUAGCAUUGAUAGCUAUUUGUGAAUUUCUAGAACAAUUAGCAUUAACACCAAUAAGAUUAGUUAAACCCUGUUAAGAUAUGCUCAGGUCAUUUUUAUUGGGGAAAUAAAUCUGUAUGAAUCUAUUUCAAUUUACGCAUGUUUUUUUUUAUUUCAUUAAUUAAUCUGUUUGCAACAUAGUUGUAACUGCUGUAUUUAAGAAUAUUUUGUGGGUUAUCCACAAAUGUUGAAAGUUACCUCCCUUUUAAUGUAUUGGAAAUUCAAUUAUUUUUCUUUCCAUCAUUAACUUUCUUUUGAAUAUUUUGUUUCAUUUUCAAAAUAAUAGUUGCUUCCUUCAUAAGAAAUGAACAAAUAAGCUAUACCUCAUGAAAAUUGGUUCAUGUUGUGCUGAAUAUCUUAACAUUUAUAUCAUCCAUUUUUUCACAGGUGUGAAUCCUUUGUAUUUCAUUCCCUUUGCUACUUUUCAAAGUUUAAGUAUUUUUUUCCAAUUCCAAUACCGUAAACAUUGAUACGACCCAUGUUUAAAACCGAUGUUUACCCCGACACCUUAAUUUAUGAUAUACUAUAUAUAUAUAUAUACCUUACAACUUACCAUUCCAUUCCAUACAUUUUGUCUGUUUGUCCUUGAACAAAGUGCCAUUUAUCUCUAAAUAUAGACCAUUUAUCUCUAAAUAUAGACCAUUACCUGUUUUGUUAUAGAUAGUAUUACCUUAUUGGGCUAUAUUGAUGAAAUGUACAUCAGUAUGUCAAUUUAUUGAAAAAAAUGUAUUUUAAAUGUUUUGUUUUUUUUGCCAUUACUAUAUAAAUUAACGAUUUGCAAAUAAAAAUAGAUUAAUAAAUUAUUUAAAAAAAUAAUGUAAGUAAGCUUUAUAAUUACUUCCGCAAUCUGCAUCAAACAGUUUUUUGCAGUAUUAUCGUUCAUUUAUGAUAAUUUGCUGUAUUUUCAAACAGUAAUAUAUACACUUUUUCAGAAAAAUGAAACAAACAUUUGAAAAUAUAAUUAAAACGAAAACGUCUCAACACUUUUGAGUUUCGUCCAUUUGAUAUGUUUUCAUUAUAAGCGUUAUUUUUUGACUGGCUCCAUAUUUGGCUCCUCAAUAUAGCCCUUUUUUCCUGAAAUCCUUACAUGUAUUUAAUGUGUUUGUAAUAAUAGGGAUAACAUAUUUUCCGUGAUGUGUUUUUUCAUGAAUAAGUUUUGACAUCAACUUUUGAAACUACAGGAUUGAUUUCAUCGAAUUUAUUGACAACACUAUGGACACGUGUUUCCAUGUUUUAUUUUUACAGUGUUAUUUUUUAUCGUUCUAAAACCUUCUGUAUUAGAUCAGUUGAAUUUUAAGACGCAAAAACUGCUGAGAAUGCUCACGAAAAAUUAUUGAUUCCUCUUAUGUUAUUAUCCAUUCCGUGUAACUGUUAGACGUGUAAAUCACCAUUCCGUGUAACUGUUACACGUGUAAGUCACUAUUCCGUGUAACUGUUACACGUGUAAGUCACUAUUCCGUGUAACUGUUACACGUGUAUGUCACUAUUCCGUGUAACUGUUACACGUGUAUGUCACUAUUCCGUGUAACUGUUACACGUGUAAGUCACUAUUCCGUGUUACUGUUACACGUGUAAGUCACUAUUCCGUGUAACUGUUACACGUGUAAGUCACUAUUCCGUGUAACUGCUACACGUGUAUGGCACGAUUCCGUGUAACUGUUACACGUGUAUGUCACUAUUCCGUGUAACUGUUACACGUGUAAGUCACUAUUCCGUGUAACUGUUACACGUGUAUGUCACUGUUCCGUGUAACUGUUACACGUGUAAGUCACUAUUCCGUGUAACUGUUACACGUGUAAGUCACUAUUCCGUGUAACUGUUACACGUGUAUGUCACUGUUCCGUGUAACUGUUACACGUGUAUGUCAGUAUUCCGUGUAACUGUUACACGUGUAAGUCACUAUUCCGUGUAACUGUUACACGUGUAUGUCAGUAUUCCGUGUAACUGUUACACGUGUAAGUCACUAUUCCGUGUAACUGUUACACGUGUAUGCACUAUUCCGUGUAACUGUUACACGUGUAUGUCCCUGUUACUGUUACACGUGUAAGUCACUAUUCCGUGUAACUGUUACACGUGUAUGUCCCUGUUACUGUUACACGUGUAAGUCACUAUUCCGUGUAACUGUUACACGUGAAUGUCUCUAUUCCGUGUAACUGUUACACGUGUAUGUCACUAUUCCGUGUUACUGUUACACGUGUAAGUCACUAUUCCGUGUAACUGUUACACGUGUAAGUCACUAUUCCGUGUAACUGUUACACGUGUAUGUCACUAUUCCGUGUAACUGUUACACGUGUAUGUCACUAUUCCGUGUAAAUGUUACACGUGUAAGUCACUAUUCCGUGUAACUGUUACACGUGUAUGUCACUAUUCCGUGUAAAUGUUACACGUGUAAGUCACUAUUCCGUGUAACUGUUACACGUGUAAGUCACUAUUCCGUGUUACUGUUACACGUGUAAGUCACUAUUCCGUGUUACUGUUACACGUGUAUGUCGUUAUUAUCACUUGUAAAGUCAUGUGAUGCCCAAAUGCCCGGUCACUGUUCAGUAAAAAAAACUCUUUAAUGAACGCAUUUGAAUAUUGUAAGGGAAGGGAAGUAACUCCUGUCAAAUAGCAUUGAUUGAGAUUUCCAUGAAAUGGGAAAAUGUUGGUUAUUUUAGGGUUUUUUUCCAAGACUUAAAAACAAGACUUAAACAAUUCAUGAUUUGUUUUUCUUUUCAACUUUUUGUUGUUGCUUGUUUGUUUGUUUGUUUUUUCUUUCAUAAAACGGUGCCUCGGAGGCAAUAUCACCAUUAGAAUACCAAUACAUAUGAUUACAAUGAGAGACAGGGCCAGGGUUCAUCUUACAUGUUUUGUUGUAUACAUAUCAAUACCCAUUCAGUUAAUAAAGAAUAAAAUGUGCUCACUAUGAUUUGCAGAAAAUUCAA